AUGAUGGACGAAGGGCGUCACGAAAACGAAGUCAGAACUGAUGUGAAGUUACUGCUAGACUGUUUGAAAUGCCAAGUCAACAAUCCUACUGCAGUAAAACAGGCCCUUCUAACACUUUCUUCGAUUUUCAGUGCUUGUGAUUUUAUCAAAGAAUAUUUUAAAGACAUUGGGGGUCUUACAUUCCUCAUAGAUCUUCUCACAUCCAUAGAAAAUCCUGAAGUUCAGGAAAGAGCAUUCUUUUGUCUUGGCUGUGCAAUUGAAAGAAAUGUUUUUUGUCAGAAAUCAGUUACUUCCAGCACUGUUUUCAAAUUCAUUCAGACAAUAUUGUCAAGAGGUUCUACUGCCAAAUUAAAGCAAACAGCAACAUUCUUUCUCAUAAAUCUUGUGGCAAAUAAUGGGGAAGGCCAAGUCUUGGUGAAACAAAGUCAGUGCCUUUCUACUCUAAUGGAUUUAUUAUGUAAAGCAUUGCCAAAAGAUAUGAGAGCUGAAGGCAGAGAUGAGACUGGUUUUGAUUGGUUUGAUGAUUCAGGACCUACUAGCAUAGAAUUGUGGACCAGUGUGGUCAACGCAUUAUGUGUCAGUAUCAACAAUCCACAGAAUGAGGAAAACCAGAAAGCAUGUGGUUUGCAAGUUCCAUUCAUUUUUAAACUUCUUAAGCAGAAUAGAGGGAUUCCUUCUCUGACAAGACCUUUGAUGUUCCUUCUUGGAUUCAUUGUGUCUAACAAUAGGUCCAACCAGGAUCAAGUACGCAGAUGUGGGGGACUUGAUGUUUUGUGCCUAGAGCUACAGGAUCAGUAUUAUCAUUCAAAUGAUCCAGAACUAUUAAAGGAUGUUAUUCAGAUUAUCACUACCAUAGAUUCCUGCAUUGCUGAUAAUGAAGAAAGUGCAAAAGAGCUAGGACAAGCAGGAGUCAUUCAAAUUUUAGCAGGUGUCAUACAUAAUGAAAAAUUGGGUAUUGGAGAAAGAAUUAAAGUGACUAUAACUCUAGGUCAUGCAAUUGAACACUCAGUAUCAAAUAGAAGUCUUUUCCUUGAAGCUAAAAAUGGUCUCCAGGACUUAAUUCAUAUUUUAACUACAUGUGAAAAUGAAGAACUGACGAAGGCAAUAAAAUAUGUGUUGCAGGUUACUGUCCAGAAAGACACCAAUUCAGAUGAAGAGGAAUGGAAUCAAGAAAUAACGAACAAAAAAAGUAUAGGAGAAAAUAUACUGAAAACAGUAAAUGAAUUAGCAAAUCAUCUGAAAUCCAUAGAAAAAGAGAAGGAGCUUGGUGGACAUCUUCCUACAAUAAUCCACACAGCCCAAUAUAACAAAAACUUUGAUGAAUGUCCAUCAACUCAAGAUUUUGUUUAUACCCAACCAACACUGACAUUUCAGAAUCCUAAUCUUCUUUAUCUUGGCAACAGUGUAUGCAAAGAUGCGAACAAUAAUUCAAGUGCAUUUCAAAUAUCAGAUGAUUGGAAGCAGCAGCUCAGCUUAACUCCUUUUGAAAAACAUUUGAUUUCUGAGCUUCAAAAGGAAAGAUUAAAGAACUCUGACCAGACUAUAAGGAACCACAUUGCAUGUGAACCAGACAAACAAAAGUUGGUAUUUGAAAGAAAGGAGCAAGUUCAUGAAGCAUGCACAUGUACAGCAUUGGAAGCAGAACCAGGAACCCACAAUUACCAUAAUGAUGACACAGAACAUAGGAAUUCUGGUUGUACUUCCAAAAUUCAUGUUUCAAAUACUAGAUCAUUAUCAUCAAACUCUUCUACAAAAAGUUAUGAUGUGGACCUAACCAAAAUGACUGAUGGUAAAGAAACUAAAUGUACUACAGUUGAUGGGAAAAUUCCAUUGAGCGAAGGGAUUUUCAAAGUUCCAACAUGCCCCCCACCAAAAACGCAAGCUAGGUGCUUUAGACAGGUUCAAUCUGAACCUCUCUGUUUUCCUGAGGCUCAAGGUGAUACAAGUUUUGUAGAGAGUGAUGCUGGAUUCUCUGAUAUCCAGUCAGAGUUUGACUGUAAACUUUUAUCUGGAGCUGCAGAUCAUAAAGAUGGAAGAAUGAACCCUCAGGCAACACCUGUGAGACAGAUUUCUGUGUUUCCAGUUGAAAGAUCAAAUCAGCAGGCAUAUAAAACACCCGAGUACCAGUACUCUCAGAGAAAUACAAGCAACUGUAGUAGAAACUUUCUUACAACACCUACAUGUAGUGUCAAAUCAGUCAGAAGUACAUUAUCUAGUUUAAAGCAAGACAAAACAUCAGGAACUGAUUGUAGUAGACAAAUACUACACUCCAAAAAUUCCAGAUUAAAGAUGAGUUGCAUAGGGUGUACUGGAACUGAUUGCAGUGAUGAUACACUGCUGAACAGCAGAACACUCAACAUUGUACUAGAGACUAAUCCAUACACCUGUCAGGUUCACCGCCAGGUACGGAAUAUUGAGAGAAGUUAUAUACAGAAAGUCAAACAGCAACAGAGAGAAAGACCAAUCUACAGUUAUAAUAAACAGGAUCAUCCAACAAAUGAGAAACCAUCCUAUGAUUUCAGCAGUGAAUCUGAGGCAGAGGUGUCAGCUCCAGAUACAAUCGAGAGCAGGAACAGUAUUGUACAGACUCUAAAGCCGGUAAGAAAAAGAAGACACAGGGUGCCUUACAGUGCAGAAGAAGUCAAUAACUUGCUCGAAGGAGUAGACAAGAUAGGAAAAUUUUGGGGACAAAUUCUUGCAACGUACAAAUUUCAUCCUUCCAGGACUGCAGUGGAUUUAAUGGAAAAAUUCAAAAGAGUAUCAAAAUCGAAAGAAUUUUCAAAGAACAAAGGGAGUUUAAGGAAAUUUCCAUUUUCAAUGUGUGAAGAAAGAAGGCUUCUAAAAGGUGUCAAACAAUUUGGGUACAGUUGGAAGACCAUCCUUCAAUCCUACAAAUUUGCAAGUUUUAGAACAACAGAGGACUUACGAAACAAAUGGAGAACUUUAAAUGCAUAACCUCUAUUGCAAUUACUCCAUCUUUUACUGCUUACCAGCAAUAAAUGUAGGUAUAGUAUUGGUGACUACAA